CAAAGUUGACGGAAAAACAUCGGUUCUUUGUUGCAGGUGAUUAUACAUAUAUUAACACAGUCAUGGACAAUUUAUUCAAUUUCUGUGAAUAAGUUCCUCUAAAAAUUACACACCGUGGCUUUUAUAUCUAAACAUUAUUGUAGUUUGACUUCGAUUUGAUUUUCGGCCUAUAUAGUUCCACAAUUACUCUCUGUUUCCGAUCGGACAGAUAUUCAUGUUACACCGGUCUGUCUCGCAAACAUCCGGCGUGCCCUGCAGGCUUAUGAAAGCGUGAUUAGAGACUUUAACUUUCUAACUGCGCCACUUCACACGACCGGACUCAUGGCCCCGGCUGAAUGGCUCAUUUAGGACGUCGGCUUGCACUGUCGCGAAUUUUCGUCCCCGGUGGGUCCGUGUUCAGACGCCUCGGCUCGGUCGCGAUGGAGGACAUGGGUCUGGCACUGAGUCGUUCCCCGCUGGAGCGGCUCGAGUUCGACAACGUCGCCCUCAGGAGACUUCCCCUGGACCCGUCGGAGGAGCCCGGCGCGCGGCAGGUGAAGGGAGCGUGCUUCUCCCGGGUGAGGCCGCAGCCGCUGACCGGGCCUCGUUUCGUGGCCGUGUCGCACGACGCCCUGGCGCUGCUGGGGCUCAGCGGGGAGGGGGUGGCGAACGACCCGCUCGGACCCGAGUACCUGAGCGGCUCCAAGCUGAUGCCCGGAUCCGAGUCCGCCGCCCACUGCUACUGCGGCCACCAGUUCGGCCAGUUCGCCGGGCAGCUGGGCGACGGCGCGGCCUGCUACCUCGGGGAGGUGAAGGUGCCGCCCGGUCAGGAUCCCGAACUUCUGCGGGAAAACCCGAGCGGCCGCUGGGAGAUUCAGGUGAAGGGAGCCGGACUGACGCCUUAUUCCAGACAGGCCGACGGCCGUAAAGUCCUGCGCUCCAGUAUAAGAGAGUUCCUGUGCAGCGAGGCGAUGUUCUUCCUGGGCGUGCCCACCACCAGAGCCGGCUCCGUAGUGACCUCUGACAGCAAGGUCAUACGGGACGUGUACUACAGUGGACGCCCUCGCCACGAGAGAUGCUCUGUGGUCCUCCGCAUCGCUCCCACCUUCCUCAGGUUCGGAUCCUUUGAAAUCUUCAAGCAGGCGGACGAGUUCACGGGGCGCCAGGGUCCCAGCCACGGACGCGACGAGAUCCGACGUCAGAUGAUGGAUUACGUCAUUGAGAUGUUCUACCCCGAGAUCCAGCAGAAUCACCCAGAUCGAGUGGAGAGGAACGUGGCGUUCUUCAGAGAGGUGAUGCUUCGUACGGCUCGACUCGUGGCGCAGUGGCAGUGUGUUGGUUUUUGUCAUGGAGUCCUGAACACAGACAACAUGAGCAUCUUGGGAGUCACGCUGGACUAUGGUCCGUAUGGCUUUAUGGACAGGUUUGAUCCAGAGUUCAUUUGCAACGCCUCCGAUAACUCCGGCCGUUACUCCUACCAGGCCCAGCCGGCGAUCUGCAGGUGGAACCUGGUGAAGCUCGCAGAGGCUCUCGCCCCGGAGCUGCCGCCAGCCCGGGCUGAGGCCGUUAUGGACGAGUACCUAGACCUGUACAAUGGAUUCUACUUGGAGAACAUGAGGAAAAAACUGGGCUUACAGAAGGAGGAGCCUGAGGAUGAAAUUCUGAUUACAGAGUUGCUGCAGACCAUGCAUGACACAGGUGCCGACUUCACUAACACCUUCCGCAGCUUGAGUCAGAUUUCCUGUCCCGCCGAGGGAGAAGGUGGAGGAGAAGAGGAGCUCGUUAAGAAAGCCACCGAGCUCCUGCUGGAACAGUGUGCCUCCUUAGAAGAGCUCAAGGCUGCCAACAAGCCUACAAUGGAUCCACGUGAGCUGGCAAUGCUGCUCUCCAUGGCUCAGAGCAACCCAGCGCUGUUCCAGAUGAUCUCAGACAGGAUGACAAUAUCGAGGCAGUUGGACAAACUCAGCAGACUGAAAGACCUGAUGGAGACCGGCCAGGAGGAGCUGAAGACCAAACAGGCCGAGGAGUGGACGUGCUGGAUCGCUCGCUACAGGAAGCGUCUGGCUCGCGAGCUGGAGGGCCAGAGUGAUGUGCAGGCUGUGCAGGAGGAGAGGGUGAGGGUGAUGGAAGGCACCAACCCUCGCGUGGUGCUCCGGAACUACAUUGCCCAGAAUGCAAUCGAAGCAGCCGAGAGUGGAGACUUUUCUGAGGUCCAGCGGGUCCUCAAGGUUCUAGAGAAGCCCUUUUCUUCCCAGCCAGGUCUGGAGCUUCCUGCGCGGGUGGGCGGAGGAGGCGCCACCGGACAGGGGGAGAGGGACGAAGGGGAGGACCAACAGCAAGAGUCUGCAUCUGCAUCGACGUCAGCAGCCAGAGAUCUUGUUCCCUACGACAGCAAGCCCCCAGCUUGGGCCACUGAAAUCUGUGUCACAUGAUCUUCGUAGUAACUUUCCUGAUUGUUAGCUUGCCUGCCUGAAAUGAAAAGAGAGUUUAUUGUUGCCUCUAAUGUCCCUCCCCCUUUAUUCCAGUCACUGUACAACUCUUGUUUCUUUGGCAGGCAGCGUCAGGAAAGUUGGCGUGAAGCACGACACACCCACAGGCCACCUAGCUGAUACAAAGCAGACGGGGAUGGAGUUGAGUUUAAAUGGUACAAAUAGAUCGAAUUACAAAUUACAACAUCAUAAUUACAAAAUAUGACGGUGCCAUGUCUGAUGAAAAGCUUAUGACCACAUGUGAAUUGGUUUUAACGGUAAGUUUCCUCCGGUGGCUCGACAUUUCUGACCCCAAAACAGAAUGUUGUCAUGUCGUCAACUAUCAAGAGUGACUUAAUUUGAGAAAUAACAUUGACAUGGUUUUCUUAAGUGACCACUUUUUUUAAAUACAAAAGUGCAGACAAAUUAAGUUUAUGAAAUAUAUUUGGAGCCGUUUGCCUUAUUAUUAUUGUGAAAUAACUUUUCACACAAAAAAAGAUCCUCAGCUUGUUCCCCUUCUGUUUUGUGAUGUUAGCUGUUAAUGACGACUCUGACAAAAAGUCCUACAGUGACAUGUCUGACUCUGAAGAGCUGUGGGGGUGUCGCCUCGAUAUAUACCAAAUAGUAUGAUGUAUGUUUGUGGGUGAAAGGGAAUGAAUGCUACUUGAUCCAGUAAGCCGCACAAGAUAAACGCACAAUAUGUUCUACAAUAGAAAAACACACCUACAUUAUAGUAACAUUUUUAUCUAAUGUGUUCGGUCAGCACCAAAACUACAGUUCAUCUAGAGUGGAGACAAAAAUGGGAACUGCACAUUUGUCCGUUUUUGUUUGGCUGUGGCCAUGCUACUUUAUUAUAGGAAGUUCUUAAAAGAUAGAUAAUAAAUUUGGAUGCCAUCAAGCGUGAGUUUGUAUGAAGGGGGAAAAAAACAACAUUCAUACCCAUUCAUGAAUUUAUUUUAGUGUUGCUUCAUCGUUGCACAACUAAUUGUAACUUGCUCCCUUUAAAACCAGGAUGAAUCCGUUGGUUUGGCGAAUGAAUUCAGAUUUUUUGUCAAAAUCAAGCCAUUUAAAUUGGUCGUCCACUCAAACAGAUGACAGAAAUGGACUUAACAUUUUUAUUUCAGAGUUUUAAUUUUGCUUGAUAGAUGUGAAAUAUACGUUUGAGCUAUUCCUCAGUUAAAUCCUUUAAUCUCUCUUGAUAAUAAACAGCACUGAAUAGA